UACCAGCGUUGGGCCAAAAGAACUUGGGCCGAGAGGACCUGGGCCAAAAAAACGACAACGGGAACUCUGCCGAAAAAAGGGAACGCUCCCACCGGCUCUCAAGCUUUGCCCUAUCGCCGGGAUUCCAUGAUUUCGAUCCGCCGCCAUGGUGCCGAAUCUCAACUUCUUCAAUCAAAAAUCCAAGAAGAAACUGGCUGACAAGAUCGAUACCUCGCUCCCUCCCUCCGUCGAGUCUACCCCGCCGUCAUCGCCUGAAAAGAAAUCUCCCUCGAAACGAACUGCUGACAAAGGCGAGAAGGAAGAGGCUCGGAAAGAUAGCUCCAGCGCCGGAUCCGGUGGACGAGAAAAGAAGCAUUCCCGCACCGCCUCGACUGGAAAGUCAUCUAAGAAGGACAAGAAUCGCGAUUCGCACCCGUUGAACCUCCCUCCCGACGAGCUGCAGAGACGCUUCUCGCACCUGAGUCGCAGCAGCACCAUGAGCGAGAAUUCACAAUAUGCGACGGGCAGCCCGAUGGAUGUUGACCGCGAGAAAACUCGCACGCCAACCCCGUCUCCCUCCAACCCAUCUCUCCAUCGAACCAAUUCCGACUCGGUGAAAUCCAAGUCCACUCCGCAGAGACCGGGAAGCCCGCUCCACAAGGCCGGUACAUUCCCCCGGAAAGCCAACGGCGCCAAUGUCAAUGGCACAUCCGCUCAUGGAGAUGCACCCCCCGCGCCUCCUCCCCAUCGUACACAAGAUGCAGCGAAGCCUUCGGCCGAUGCGGAGACAUUCAAGGCCGCUGGCAACAAGUUUUUCAAGGCAAAGGAGUAUGACAAAGCCAUCCAGGAAUACACCAAAGCAAUCGAAGCCGACCCCAACAGCCCCACAUACCGCUCCAACCGCGCCGCAGCAUACAUGUCAGCCAACCGAUACACCUCUGCCAUGGAGGACAUCCGAGCCGCAGAUAUGAUGGACCCGAACAACCCCAAAAUCCUCCUUCGCAUGGCCCGCAUCGAAGUCGCCGUGGGCAACCACGACUCCGCCCUGUCCAUCUACGCGAAGAUCACCCCUCCCCCGUCCGCCACCGACAUGUCCCCCGCCGUGGAGAUGCGCAAAGCCAUCGGAGAAGCGAACAUGCUCCUCGACGACCAGACUGCUGGCGGCACGCUGAUCCUCCACGCACUCGAGCGCGCGGCAAGGCACCUGGGAGCCUACGUAACGUGGCCGCGGAAAUGGCGCCUCAUGAAAGCCGCGGCGUAUCUCCGUAUGGGCGCCGCAAACCCCUCGGGGAACGCCAACUCGCUCGGGGAGGCCGAAUCGAUUUCCAUGCAGCUACUACGGGAAGCGUCCGGCGGGCUCGAUCCCGACGCGUUGCUGAUGCGCGCCAAAGCGAUGUACUUUUCCGGCGACAGCGACGGGGCGAUCAAGCACCUGCGGCACGCCAUGAACCUCGAUCCGGACUUCACGGAGGCGGCGCGGCUGUAUAAGCGGGUGUCGCGGCUGGAGUCGCUCAAGGCGGAGGGAAAUACAUUGUUCAAGACCGGCUCAUUCCAUCGAGCCAUUCUCAAAUAUACGGACGCCUUGGAGAUCGACCCAUCGGCGCGGUUAACGAACGCGAAAAUCCUUUAUAAUCGGGGGUUGUGUAACCUCAAGCUGAAGAAAUACGACGCCGCGGAAGAGGACUGUAGCGCCGCACUGAAGUUCGAUCCGAGAUACACCAAGGCCAUCAAAACCCGCGCCACCGUCUGGGGUCAGCAAGGGCGAUGGGAAGAUGCGGUCAAGGAGCUGAAGGCGGUCAAAGAGUCCAACCCCGGAGAACCAAACAUCGAUUCGGAAAUUCGCAAGGCGGAGCUGGAGCUGAAGAAGAGCAAGCGGAAGGAUUACUACAAGAUCUUGGGUGUAGAUAAGGAGGCGGGCGAUAUGGAGAUCAAGAAAGCGUACCGGAAGUUGGCGGUGCUGCAUCAUCCCGACAAGAACAUCGGGGUGGAGGGGGCGGAGGAGAGGUUCAAGGAUGUCGGGGAGGCGUAUGAGUGUUUGAGUGAUUCUCAGAAACGCGCUCACUACGACUCUGGAGCCGACCUCAUGGACCCCUCAGACAUGUACGGCGGUGGUGGUGGCUUCCACGGCGGCGGAGGGGGCGGCGUCCCCAUCGACCCCGAGGUGCUAUUCUCCCUCUUCGGCGGCGCCGGCGGCGGCGGAAGACCUGGUGGAGGAUUCGGUGGCGGCGGGAUGGGUGGCAUGGGCGGCAUGGGCGGCAUGGGCGGAAGCCCAUUCUCGACGUACUCUGCGGGUGGAGGAAUGCCGGGGCAGGGGCGAGGGGCCGGGAACUUCCCUGGGGGGUAUCCCUUCUCGAGGUGAUUGAGAUGGAAGGCGAUAGAGAUGGAUGGAGAUUUUUUCUGUUCUCUAGGUUCGGCGGAUGGGCAGUCCGUGCAAAUCAUGCCACAAAAGCGACUCGAGGGAGCGAAAGCUACAUGGAGCUCAUUUUGUAUAGGGUAUAGACGGACGGUGGG